AUGCUUCUCCCCAAGGGCGGGCUGAAUUGGAAGGUAGCGAGGGCAUCCUUGCCGCCGUCCAGAGCUAUCUGGGCAUUUCUCGCCAGAACGAGGUUCCUUCUGCUAGUUGCCAUCACCGGCAUCGUACUAUUACUAUGGCGCGGCAUCAGGACGUCAGCAUCCGAGAUGCAAAGCUUCUACUGCUGGGGACCUUCAAAACCCCCGAUGGAAAUGUCGCUCAAUGAGCAAGCGGCCUGGAGCGGCCACUUGCAAACGCCCGUCAUCUUCAACCACCACGCGCCGAUUGUAGUUAACUCCUCGACGGUGAUCGAGCACGACCUGAACCCCAUCAAGUCGACCCAGAAGGCCGUUGCCAACGAGGAGCGAGUUCUCAUCCUCACCCCGUUGAAGGAUGCCGCUCCGUACCUCUCCAAGUAUUUCGAGCUGGUAGCCGAGCUGACCUACCCUCACCAUCUUAUCGACCUCGCAUUCCUCGUGUCGGACUCCAAGGACGACACCCUUGCUGUUCUCGCCUCCGAGAUCGACCGGAUCCAGAGGCGUACCGACAAGGUCGCCUUCCGGAGCGCGACGGUGGUGCGCAAGGACUUCAACUACCACCUGAGCCAGAACGUCGAAGAGCGCCACUCCUUUGAGGCACAAGGCCCGCGCCGCAAGGCCCUUGGCCGCGCCAGGAACUACCUGCUCUCGGCAUCUCUGAAGCCCGACCAUUCGUGGGUCUACUGGCGAGACGUCGACAUUGUUGACAGCCCCAAGAAGAUCCUGGAGGACUUUAUCGCCCACGACCGCGAUGUCCUUGUGCCCAACAUCUGGUUCCACCGGUACCGGGACGGACGAGAUAUCGAGGGAAGAUUUGACUAUAACUCGUGGGUCGAGUCCGACAAGGGCCGAAAGCUCGUUGCUUCUCUUGACAAGGAUGUCGUCCUCGCGGAAGGCUACAAGCAGUACGACACUGGGCGGACAUACAUGGCCCGCAUGGGUGACUGGCGAAACAACAAGGAUGAAGAGAUUGAGCUCGACGGCGUUGGCGGCGUCAACAUCCUUGUCAAGGCCGACGUUCACCGCUCUGGCAUCAACUUCCCCUGCUAUGCUUUCGAGAACCAGGCAGAGACCGAGGGCUUCGCCAAGAUGGCCAAGCGUGCCGGCUACGGGGUCUACGGCCUGCCCAACUAUGUCGUGUGGCAUAUCGACACCGACGAGAAGGCUGGCAACGCCUAA